UGGUGGAGGUUCGUGGUUUUCUUUCAGUUUGACUUCAAUUGUGCCACAGUUUCCUUCGUUCAUCUAGAGUCUGUCUUCCGCCAUGGCUGAAGUGGUUGAGAUUCCGGCUCCAGCAACGCCAGGCAAGUUCCGAUUCAGCGUGGCUGAUGAUGUGGCGGUGCUUCGGGAGCUCACCACUUAUCAGAACCCGUUUCGCCAUGGAUCCAAGGUGUGGGAUGAAAUGCAGAAAAGGCUUCCUGCUCGCUUCCACACCCUGAAGGCAAGGACACUGCGGGAGCGAGUGGUCCAUCUUUGUAAGCUCCACAUGAAAGGAGAUGCAACGUCCAUGAAGCAAUCUGGCACUGCAGAGGAGUAUACCGAAAAAGACCAACUCCUGGAUGGCGUGGUUGAGCUCUUCAAAGGUGACUUGGAGGAGAAGGCCACAACAGCAGACACAAAGAAGAAAAAUGAGAAAAAAAUUGAAGACGAUCGGGAGUUGGGCCUGAAAAUUCGUGAAGAUGCAGCGGCUACACUAAGCGAGAAGAAAACACCCAAGAAGACGUCUACAGAGCCCAGUCCAAAGAGGAAGUACGAGCCGACCAGCUUGCGAGAGAGGCGUAGUGAUGUCCUGGACAAGAUGAGCAAACAAAUGGAGGAGAUUCGUGACAUGAAGAAGAAGGAGUUAGACGUGAGGCAGCAAGAGAUUGAUCUGCGCAAGGAAGAACUAGCAUUUCAGCAACAACAGGCCCAAACUAUGUAUCGAAAGGAAUAG